UGGCCCCGGCCCAGGCCCAGGCCCCGCGAUGGGAGCUGCUCCCUGGGGGCUGAGCUUGUCAGCAUCCCUGACCUGCCGUCGUUGCUCCUGAAGUCAGAGAAAAGCCCCUGCCCACCCAUACAACCCCUGCCCCGCUUUGGGGUCGCCUUGGUGUAUCCAGUGCUCUGCCCUAGCAGCCGCCUAGUCUGAAAAGAAACAAAGGAGCAGAGCAGGACAAUGAUACUGGCGUCCGUGCUGGGGAGUGGUCCCCGGAGCGGACCUCCACUCCGGCCCUUACUGGGGCCUGCACUCUCGCUCCGGGCCCGCUCCACAUCAGCCACCGAUACGCACCACGUGGAGAUGGCGCGGGAGCGCUCCAAGACUGUCACCUCCUUUUACAACCAGUCGGCCAUCGAUGUGGCCGCAGAGAAGCCCUCAGUCCGCCUCACUCCGACCAUGAUGCUCUAUGCUGGCCGCUCUCAGGAUGGCAGCCACCUUCUGAAAAGUGCCAGGUACUUGCAUCAAGAGCUGCCAGUGAGGAUUGCUCACCGCAUCAAGGGUUUCCGGAGCCUUCCUUUUAUCAUUGGCUGCAACCCCACCAUACUGCACGUGCACGAGUUGUACAUCCGUGCCUUCCAGAAGCUGACAGACUUCCCUCCGAUCAAGGACCAGGCGGACGAGGCUCAGUACUGCCAGCUGGUGCGACAGCUGCUGGACGACCACAAGGAUGUGGUGACCCUCUUAGCGGAGGGCCUGCGCGAGAGCCGGAAGCACAUAGAGGAUGAGAAACUCGUCCGCUACUUCUUGGACAAGACACUGACCUCGAGGCUUGGGAUCCGCAUGUUGGCCACACAUCACUUGGCGCUGCAUGAGGACAAGCCCGACUUUGUUGGCAUCAUCUGCACUCGCUUGUCGCCAAAGAAGAUUAUUGAAAAGUGGGUGGACUUCGCCAGACGCCUGUGUGAACACAAGUAUGGCAAUGCCCCCCGCGUCCGCAUCAAUGGACACGUGGCCGCCCGUUUCCCCUUCAUCCCUAUGCCGCUGGACUACAUCCUGCCUGAGCUCCUCAAGAAUGCCAUGAGAGCCACCAUGGAGAGUCACCUCGACACUCCCUACAAUGUCCCAGAUGUGGUCAUCACCAUCGCCAACAAUGAUAUUGAUCUCGUCAUCAGGAUUUCAGACCGGGGUGGGGGCAUCGCUCACAAGGACCUGGACCGGGUAAUGGACUACCACUUCACUACAGCUGAGGCCAGCACCCAGGACCCCCGGAUCAGCCCCCUUUUUGGCCACCUGGACAUGCACAGUGGCGGCCAGUCAGGGCCCAUGCACGGCUUUGGCUUCGGGCUGCCCACGUCACGGGCCUACGCGGAGUAUCUCGGCGGUUCCCUUCGACUGCAGUCUCUGCAGGGCAUUGGCACAGACGUCUACUUGCGGCUCCGGCACAUUGAUGGUCGAGAGGAAAGCUUCCGCAUCUGACCCCACAGCCCUCGGCCUACUUGCCUGCCUCACCUGGGCCCCACACCCUGCCAGGACCUUUUGGGCGAGGCAGGGUGCCACCCUGGUCCACAUGCUGCUGCAUCUUGGGUCUUCGGGCCCCAAACAGAUGGAAUUCCAUGGAGCCCGGUGCCACCCCUCCUCUACAGAGGUCCACUGCUUCCCUGCCUCCAGACCUUGGAGGAGAGGAAGUGGGGACCCUUGAGGCCUCCAGCACCAGCUCCUUUAUUCUCGUUCCUGGGGAACCCCGACCUUGACCUGCUGUUUGUUAUUAAAGUUCACAUUUUGAAUGCC